AGAUUUUCAUUUUUCUUAAAAUUAACAUUUGCAAAUUAUUUAUAAAAUAAUAUAAUUAUGUGUUGAUUUAUACAGUGAAAAUAAUAUUAGUAUGAUAUAUAUAUAUAUAUCUAUAUAUAUCUAUAUAUUUUGAAAACAUAAAUACUAAUAUUAAAAUAAAUAAAUAUCAAAUAAAAUAUUUUUAUAAAUUAGAAAGUCAGGGUUAUAAAUGUAUUUUCUCUUUAAAAAUAAGAGUAAAAAUGGUUAGUAUAAACAUAAAAAUGGUAUUAUGAAUGUAUUAUUUUUGGCAAUUACUCUAAAAAUUUUGGAAGAUUUGCUCAAGUUAUGUACACAUUAACUCAAUUUUAAUUUUUUCAUGUUUUUAACCUAUUAAAAUAUAUAAUAUAAUUUAUUAUAAUCGAAACUGUUUAUUUCAAAAUUAAAUCAGCUAAUAUUAAUUGGAUAGUUUUUUUUAUAGUAUUAAAUUUUAAAUUUAAAUAUGUUAAAAUCUACAUUGAUUUAUUUGUGUGUUUAUAUUAACUUUACUAUUAUAGAAUUAGAUGGUUUAGAGUUGAGAGCUGGGAUAUGGUUUUUGGAAUGUAAAAUUUAGGAUUCUAAUAAAUAUAUAAAUAAAUACAUAAAUUUUUUUAUUUUUUCAAAAAUAGUUUCAAAAAUACUUUUUGAAUUUCAAAAAGAAAUUUUGAAAACAAAAUUUGAAAAAAAAUUUGAAAUUUUUUUUCACAAAAAUAUAAUAAAAAAAUCGAUUUUGAAAAACUAUAAUUCAAAAACAUAAAAAUUAUUUUUAUUUAUUUAAAUAAUUAUAUAUUAUAUAUAUAGAGAGUAAUGGUAUAAGAAUUUUUUGCCUCUUAAUGAAGAAAAUAUUUCUUUAGUUAUGAUAAACAUAAAUAAUGACACCAACAAAGUAGUAAACAUGAAAAUUCUCCUAUUUUCUGAUUAUUUCAUUAAACAUACAAAAUGUUAGUUUAUUAAGAUACAUUUUAAAAAGAAAAAUACCAUAGGAUAACCCUACAAUUUUUUUUAAUCACAAAUAUAGUAGACAAGAGUUCAAAUGAUAAAAAUAAAUUUUAUCGAAGAGGUAAAAGUCACUGAUAUCUUUAUGACACUAUGAUAAGCUAGACAUUUGUGAGGGUUUUUCGGUGUUGAGGGUUUAUGAAGAAGUGGAGAUUUGACGAAAAUAAGCGAGACAGUUACGAGGGUUUCUCGGUCGUCCGAAUUCAAAAGGUGAAGAUUUGUCGAGCUUGACUUCAGUCCACGUCUGAUGUGCCUUGAUAUUGACAUGAGUUAAACAAGGCAAAACACAAGGGAAAUCGGUUCAUGAUCAAUAAAAGCCCAAUCCGUUUAUAACGACAUGUGAGUCAAUGUCUUCCUCAGCCAGCAACCUGAAAACAAAGAAUCAAUCUGCUAGAGAGAGAGAGAGAGAGAGAGAGAGAGAGAGAGAGAGAGAGAGAGAGAGAGAGAGAGAGAGAGAGAGAGAGAGAGAGAUAUCUCAGUGAAGCUUGCGAAGGAGUCUUUUCAGCCGCUUCAUCAAGGAGAAUACGAUUGACGGUAGUGUGAUUGUGUAUCUAUGUGAAGAUAGCAAGCAUGAAUAGGAGAUUGUGCCGAUACUCUAAUAUUGAUUCCUAAAGCUGGUAAAUCUUGAUAUUUUUGAUCUCUUGUUGUAGGUACGAAAGCUAGAUCAACCGAAUGGUCGAAGAAGCUUAAAACAAAUCGACCAAAGAGAUGAUCGGCUGGGCAAUAUGAAUGGAAUCUGACUUUUAAACCUUAAACAAAUGGAAAACGAAUGAGAUGCUAAUGAUAAUAAGAAUAAAAAAGGAUAAAUGAACAAAGGAUAGGAUGGAUCAUGCUGCUGGUCAUGUGACAUUCUCAGCUUGAUCAGUUGAUGAUCGAAGUGGAUCGAGAUGGUGCUUUGCUUGCUGGUUAUGUAACUCUAUCAAGCUUAGCUAAUGGGUGGGAUGGACGUGAUGGAUUGAUAGACAACACAUAGAUCUAUGGAAGAGAUCUUUAAUAAGUCAGAUUGCUAUGAAGCUGUUUCUCACAACACUAUAAAGAAAACCCAUAGUUUUAAGAAAACUAGAAAACUGGAUAUUUCAUAAAUUUUCAAAGAUGGGUGUUUUACAAAGAUGAAAGGCGAUGUGCAUAUGUUUCAUAAUUUCAGGGGAUAGAUGUUGUGCUCGUAAAAUCUGUGGCUCAGCCAGAGUUUCACCAAACCGCCCACACCAGCCAUUUAGAAUGUACCAUCAAUAGAUGUUCAGUCCAAAGAGCAUAUAUCGACAACCAUAACGAAUUUUUCAAUAAACCCAAUUUUCCAAGCACGACAACUCAUCAAAGAAUCCCUGAGACUUGGAAUCACCAGAAAAGCUUCACGGAUCAGGAAAUUAAGGAUAUACAAACUGUAAGUUUUCCAGCCCAUCUAUAUGUGAUAUCAGUUUUUAGAAGUGAAUUCAGGCCCAACCAAGGAACGACCUUAAUUAAACUCAAUUAUGAACUUCAAUAGAGAUCUCUUAUCGAUCCAGGAAUCCAAGAGUAAGGAGAAAAUACCAAGGGGAAUUUAAGAUGCAAUUAAUUUUUUAAAACCAACCGACAUUGUUUAUGAAAAGUCUUCCACCAAUUCAAUUUGGUUCAGACCAAAACUUUCUAUGGAAGUCAUGAGAUUAUUGAGACCAACCAGAAGACAAGGCAGACAUCAUUAUCUACACCUGCAUUCAAAAUAAAAUUAUUGGAAUCAAAGUUUUGAUGGCUCCAUGGAAUAUAGCUGUUAGGCUUGAUUUUCUCUUGAAACAGAAGGAAACUUGUGGAUCCUUUGUAUCAGAACAGCUUCUAGAUAUAACCACGGCCAAGAAGCCUCCUUGAUGUUCUUCUCUGCUUGCUUGAUGAAGAAUAUGGCCGUUGGUCUUGGGCAAGAAUUUGUAGAAACUCUUUUAAGUGUAUAGUGUCAACGUGGCUGAAUAUGGAAAUUUGAUGUGUACGUAAUACGGUAACUUAUUUUAGUAAAAAAAUAUAUUAUCAGAGCCAGGUUUCGAUCCUGGGACCUGUGGGUUAUGGGCCCACCACGCUUCCGCUGCGCCACUCUGAUUCUUGCAUUUUAUUUUGUAUUAUAUUUGUAGAUUAACCAAACUUAACCUUCCUUAUGUCUUGUCAUUGCUGAUGGGCUUUGUUGUUUCAGCAGGUCUUACCAAUUGAUAAAUAAUUUAACUUCUCUUUUUGUAAUUGUUAGCUAUACGAAUAGAGAUUUUUACUAGAAUAGCAUAAAAAAUUUGUUAUAUAACUAGAAUAGCAUAGAAAAGUUGUAAAUUACUAUAAUAUUUUUAACCCCUAGUAAAUUACAUUAGAGACGCUUGCUUAGUUUUUUUUAAUUGAGAUUAGUUUUAAUUAACAAAUCCAUAUCACUAAAAUUGUAAUCCAUGUCAUAAAAAUUGUAAUCAAAAGAGAGGGAGAGGGAAAGACAAUCAAUCUACAUUUUAAUUCAAACACCACAACUUCCUUCAAUCAUCAUUUACCCUAACCGAACAUUGUUAUUUAUCGUCCUUUGUCCGAUAUCGUCAGUUUGAACCUGUCUUAUCCGAUAUUGUCUUCAUCGUCUUCUUCCCCGAAAUUGUAUUCUCCGCAAUAUUCUUCUCCGAAAUUGUCUUAUUUUUUGGAAGUAAAGACCAAGAAGAAGAUAGAAAACAGAUGUUAAGCUUAUUAGUUUUUGCAAGUAAAAAAUGAAAAUAACUUUUGCAAGCAAAAGAAGAAGACCGAAGAAAACAUACCUUAAAAGCUUUUAGGUUUUGAAAGUGUGUGAUCCACACUAACUAGGGUCAUAUUUUUUCUUUUUUUUUACGACAAAAGGCUAUAACGAAACUAAGUAGAUUUCUGAUCCAAGAGCCACCUUGGAGGAAUCGAAUCAACAUAAACCAUAGCAGCAAGCUGAUUUCUAGCACCUCGUGCCAGCUUGUCUGCCAUUGUAUUUUGUGCCUUCGGAAUAUGCUGAAUAGUGAAGGGAUAAAAAAAUUCCUUACAUCGUAGAAACUCCUCCAUGUGUGUAGUGAACGCCGACCAUUCUGUUGGUGUAGACACCAUUUUCACCAGUUGAGAGCAGUCAGUUGCAAACACCACUUAUUAAAUAAAAUUUAAUGCUUAAGAUUUUGUAUAAUAAUUAGUUAAAAUUUUGAAUAAUUUUAAAAAAAUAGGAACAAGAAAAAUUACAAAAAUCUUUGACCAGCACAAAAUUAGGUGGACUAAAUUUGGCACACCAAGUUUUCAAAAAUCACUAUUUUAUUUUUUUAGACAGAAAAGUCAAUUAAAUAUUUAAAUCAACUUCUAUUACAUGGGCAAUUUAAGUUUAAGUUUUGAUUUAGCAAUUUUACGAAUGAUCUAAGUCAAAAUGUUAUCUCAACUACAAUACAUGUUAAAUCAAACUUAAAAUAAAAAAAGUAAAUUUAAUGCAUGAUUGGUAACAUUUUUGAGUUACGAUCAUAAAUGAAACUUAAUCGAGUCUACUACCACAUGUCACCAAAUCAAAAUCAAAGCCUUAAUUAUGUAAAGAGACGCAUAAAAAUAACUAAAACAGACCAACAUCGAGUCAAAACCUGAACCGAACACAAUUAUCUCGUUUUCAAUCUUGUGUUAAUUAAUACUUCCGACAAAAUUCUCGUUUAUUCCGGCUUGUUUCAAACCGGUUGAAUGAAAUUGAAUCGGUUUGGUCGAUAAUUUACGCUUUUGUCUGUGUCCCUAAAUGGGUUUGGAGGGUUUUCAGAGGUACAGACAGUGGGGGCUUGAGCUGGGGAAAAGGAACGAUUCAAGUAGUGAUGAUUCGGAGUGCCAAAGCUAUGAGAUUUGCUCCGCCUCUUAUCCUGAGAACUUCUUUAUUCCAAAGCCCAUACGAGUUCGUGUUAUACUUCUGCGAACGAGACUUUUCUGGUCUCAGCAGAGAUAGAAAUCGCUCUUACAGAGAGAUGUUGAGAAGUGGGCUCGUUGAUAUCAAGAAGGAUGAUGCUAUUUCUCUCUUCCAAUCUAUGAUUCGGUCUCGUCCUCUUCCUACGGUCAUAGACUUCACUAGAUUGUUUAGUGCAGUGGCCAAAACAAAAUGGUACGAUCUCGUGCUAGGUCUCGUCAAGCAAAUGGAACUGAAUGGGAUUUCGUGUGAUCUUUACACGCUGAGUAUUGUCAUCAAUUGCUUCUGCAGGUGUCGUGAACUCGGUUUUGCUUUUUCUGUUUUUGGAAAGAUGUUAAAACUUGGGUAUGAGCCUGACACGAUCACUUUCUCAACUCUGAUAAACGGUUUAUGUCUCGAGGGUCGCGUCUCCCAAGCUGUGGAGUUAGUUGAUCGUAUGGUAGAAACAAAGGUUACUCCAGAUCUCAUCAUACUCAACACUUUGAUCAAUGGACUUUGUCUCCAAGGUAAAUUGUCUGAAGCAAUGGCUUUGAUAGAUCGAAUGAUGGAUAACAGAUGUCGACCCAAUGAAGUUUCUUAUGGUCCUAUUCUAAACAGAAUAUGUAAGUCAGGGAACACUGCCUUGGCCUUGGAUCUGUUCAGAAAGAUGGAAGAUAGAAAGAUCAAGCCUCAACUAGUUCAAUACAGUAUCAUUAUCGAUAGUCUUUGCAAAGACGGCAGCCUCGAAGAAGCACUCAGCCUUUUCAAUGAAAUGGAAACCAAAGAUAUCAAAGCAGAUGUCACUACCUACAACUCUCUCAUAGGAGGCUUCUGUAAUGCCCGUAGAUGGGAUGAUGGUGCACAGUUGCUGAGUGAUAUGAUUACAAGGGGAAUCACCCCGAAUGUCAUCACUUUCAGUGCUUUGAUUGAUAGUUUCGUGAAAGAGGGAAAGCUUAAAGAAGCUAAAGAACUGUACAAUGAGAUGAUCGCAAGAGGCAUAGAUCCUGAUACCAUUACAUAUAAUUCUUUGAUAUAUGGGCUGUGCAACGAAAAACGCUUAGAUGAAGCCAACCAGAUGAUUGAGCUUAUGGUUAGAAAGGGAUGCGAUCCGAGUAUCGUGACUUAUAGUAUCCUUGUAAACGGAUACUGUAAGGCGAAACGGGUUGAUGAUGGUAUGAGACUAUUCCGCAAAAUGCCUCUGAGAGCCGAUACAGUCACUUAUAAUACUCUCGUCCAAGGCUUUUGUCAAUCAGGAAAACUUAAUGUCGCCAAAGAACUAUUCCAAGAGAUGGUCUCUAUUGGUGUGCCACCCAGUGUUAUGACUUACGGUAUAUUGCUCGAUGGGUUGUGUGACAAUGGAGAACUAGACAAGGCACUAGAAAUACUUGAUCAAAUGCACAAGUGUAAAAUGGAACUUGAUAUUGGUAUAUAUAAUAUCAUCAUUCACGGGAUGUGCAAUGCAAGUAUGGUCGACGAUGCUUGGGAUCUGUUUUGUAGCCUCUCCCUCAACAAAGGAGUGAAGCCUGAUGUCAAAAAAUACACUAUAAUGAUUGGAGGAUUAUGCAAGAAAGGCUCGCUCUCUGAAGCGGGCAUGUUGUUUAGGAAAAUGGGGGAGGAUGGGAUUGCGCCUAAUGAUUGUACGUACAACACACUAAUCCGAGCUCAUCUCAGAGGCAGUGACAUAAGCACUUCAGUUGAACUCAUUGAAGAAAUGAAGAGGUGGGGCUUCUCUGCAGAUGCUUCCACCAUAAAUAUUGUUAUGGAUAUGUUAUCGAGUGGUAGAUUGGACAGAAGCUUUCUAGACAUGCUUUCUUGAAUGCUUCAUCUCACUAUGAGGCAGUGCCUUUGGUGUUUAUGAGUUAAUUGGGUUUUUUAGUUGAAACCAGUUUUUUGUUGCGUAAAAGUACAACUGGAGUUUGUCAAGGGUUCAUUGUGGGUUCUCUGGUUUUGUCAGAGAUAUCAUAGGCAUUGCUUUGCUCUGUUUAUAGUUUACCAAAGGCUUCUUGGCUUAGGAAAGGUUUGGAAGAAUUGUCAAGUUACUAUUAACCACAACUGAGACAAACUUGCGAGAUUAGUGACUCCUUGAAAGUUUAAGAAUCUUCUUUAAGCAAGUUCUUCUUUACUUAAGCUGCAUCUUUUCAUUUGGCUAUUUUCAUCUGUAUACUUUGCUUACCUUGCAACGUUCUGAACCAAUCUGUACAUUUUUUUUGGAGAUUGGCUUCCUGGUACAUGUGUGUGCACUGUGCGUUGAAAUGAAGUUUACAUGACUGUCUAAAUGCCCUUCUCUUAGGUAGACUUGAAACAUAACAGUAAGAAAUAUGUGUUGUGUUUAGCUGCAAUGAGCAUUGAUAUGAUGAAUGUUAUUGUCUUGUCCAUGACAUGUAUUAUUUUCUUCUCGAAUGUUGUUGAUGUUGAAGAAACUUUUCUCUGCUGAUUCAUUUCAGGUUUCUUGCUAAGUUAUAUGUUAGUGGCUUGAUGUUGCAGAACGAUUGUGUAAAGACCGGUUUUUGGUAGUUUACUGAGAUGUAACUAAACCCAGUUUUUAAUUAUAUAAACAAAAACAAAAGUCUGAUUGGUUGUUAGAUGACCACACCAUUAAUCUCAAUGAUGUUCCCAUGAAGAAUAUUAAUCACUUGAACUGGUUUGACCCAAAAAAAGUUCACUUGUACUGGUUUUGUAUUUCUUAAAAAAAUGGAACAUGGUUUGGAUAGUUGAUUAGCUAAUCACUUUCAGAUAUACUAGAUCUUUGUCUGUGUUACGUCCAGAUUAUGUAUUAAAAAACUUUUCUUCAAUGAUUUCAUUCGGUUUUUAUUUAAAUAGAGUUCUACAUAAUUUGAAAUCAAUAAACCGAAAAUGUCCACAACAUUAAAAGAUAGAAGUAGUUUUUUUCAAAUGUUAGAAAAAGAGAGAGUUUUUUAUAUAUAUUAUAUUGUGUCUUGUUAAAUUUAAGUUAUGCUCUGCUCUUUUGUGUGUGUGUGUUUAUGAAGCUGCUGAUAACAUCAAUGGUUAUGGGUUGAAAGAAAAUCUUGUCCUUGUUGGUACAAUGAAUGAUACCUGAGUACGUCCCAAAAUGAUAGUCAGAUUAUAAUGAUAGUUUUGUAGACUAAUUUUUAUAUGUGCUAAUUUAUGAGA